GAAAUUAAGGAGCAAAAAAAUGUUGAGUGAGAAGCAAGAAGCUCUGGUGAAGGAGUCAUGGGAGCUGCUGAAACAAGAUAUUCCCCUACACAGUUUUCGUUUGUUUACAUCGAUCCUGGAGAAAGCACCAGGGGCAAAGGACUUGUUCUCAUUUCUAAGGGACACGGAUGAAAUUCCACAGAACAAUCCCAAGCUCAGGGCACAUGCUGCCAAAGUUUUCAGGCUGACUUGCGAAUCAGUGGUGCAGCUGCGUGAGAAGGGCGGAGUUCUGAUUGGCGAUGCUACUCUCAAGUGGCUGGGAUCGGUUCAUCUCCAGAAUGGAGUCCUUGCGCCCCAUUUCGAGAUGGUAAAAGAAGCACUGCUGAAAACGAUCGAAGAGGGCGUGGGAGAAAAAUGGAGCGAGGAAAUGGAGAAUGCAUGGGGCGAGGCCUAUGAUCACUUGGCAGCAGCGAUUAUAGGUGAGAUGCAAGCAGAGGCUGCUGCUUCAUCAAAGCCCGUUCCUUAACAUCGACAACGUAUAAUCUACAAAGGAUGUCUUUAGUGAAAGCCUCAUUUGUGAUUCCCGGGAGAGGCUUCUGGAUAGUCCUUAAUGCGUUGUAAGAAUAAAUGAUAGCAAUAAGAAUAGAGCAUUUACCAGUGAUGAAUAAUAGCACACGGAAUCUUCAGUGUCACUUUUUCAGUGAUAAUUUAGUGUCACUCCUAUAUUUAUAUCAAGUAUCCUAUUUAUUUAA